AGAAAGACGUCAUUGUGUUUCGUCAACACGCUUGCGCAUGAGAACCUUUUACUUGAAAAAGAACGGAGUCUCGAAUGGUUUCGUGGCGGUAUAUCGGUUCAUCGUGAGCGUUUCACCCAAGAAGAGAGUACUUUUAUCCAACUCUCACUGGAAAUGAAGGGGCAACAGAAAAGCCCAGAUCAUGAUGGGAAUGGUCCUGUUAUUGAAGAGGGAGCUGUUGCCACUGCUGAAGACCCAUCAGCCAUUGCUACUAUCCAGUCAGCAACUACUUUCUCUUCGGAGCAACCAAUCAAAUACCUGUUCAAGACUGAGGGAGCUGGGGGGCAGACUGUAAAGGAGCUGAACCCUCCCACUACACAGGUGACGUACCGGGUGAUCCAGGUGUCAGACGGACAGCUGGAGGGCCAGGCAGACGGAGCCACAGCCGUCAGCGUGGUGACGGGAUUCCCCGCGUCCACACAACCCGUCACCCAGGCUGUGUUUUCCCAGUCUGAUGGCCUGGAGGGAGAUGGCUCUGAGACUCACUACACCUACUACCCUGCCACCAUAUCGGAUGCCGCGCCUGGCGCCAUGGUUACCAGCGUACAGGCCCCUGACACCCUGCUCAGUCAAAACACACCCACAGGGCAGUUGUACGUGAUGAUGUCUCCUCAGGAUGUUCUGGCCGGAUCCAGUCAGAGGUCCAUUGCUCCCGGCACACAGACUUACAGCACUAAAUCGGAUACCCCACGGACCUCUCGAGAUGACAAAAGGCGGGCCCAGCACAAUGAAGUUGAACGCAGGCGGCGAGACAAGAUAAAUAACUGGAUCGUCCAGCUGUCCAAGACCAUUCCGGACUGCACCAUGGACUCCACCAAGACGGGGCAGAGCAAAGGGGGCAUCCUGUCCAAGGCCUGCGACUACAUCCAGGAGCUGCGGCAGAGCAACGGCAGGCUGGUGGACGAGCUCAACACGCUGGAGAGGCUAAGGAUGGACAACCAGCUGCUGCGACAAGAGGUAGAGGACUGGAAAUCCAAGAACCAGAUUCUGAGGAACCAGCUACGACAGCAUGGCAUUGUGGGAGUGGCGAGUACAGACUCGCAGUGAGGGCAUUAGUGAAGCAGGAAGUGGAGGGAAAGAGAGAGAGAAGGAUGGUGCUGAGACAGUGGCAAGCAUCGGCUCGUCAGAAUGGACGAUGAGUUCCAGAAAGGGAUCCUCCGGCCAGUGGCAGUACUGGAUCCGCCAUGUAGAUUAUAAUAUACUCAAUAUUUUUUUAUGUGUUACUCGAGACGCCACUUUGCUUCAAUAGGUAUGAAACAACUUUAGCAAAUGUAUGCCCUUUUUAGGUCCUGAGAAGACUCACAAAACUGAAGUAAAAUUAUUUUAUUUUUUUUCCUGUGUGUAUUUAAUUUUUUCCUUUCUCAUACCGUUCAUGAACAUUGUAAACUUUUUGGUACUGCCUGACCUUUUCUAAAGAUGUUCACUCCAGGACCUGUGUUGUCAGUGUGGUCUUUGUCGGUUUUUAUCAGUCGAAUAGGGUGGGUGGGGUGGGGUGGGGGGGGGGUUCUGUCCAAUCAUUUCUCUUUGCGUUGGCUAGAGAUGAUUCUCAAUCUUCUUUGAGCCCUAGUUUUAGUGGAGCCAGUGAAAAGGUAAAGCAUGACUCCUCUUCCAGCCAAUGAAUAAAUACAAGUUAAAAGCCAUGAUUAGUGCCUGAGAGAUCCCCGGGCAGGCCAGAGGUCCUCCUGUAUAUGAAGAGACUGUUUAAGGCAGGCAUGAUGGACUUUGAGGGCCAUGAGAUGUGCAGAAACUAUGAUAACUAGACUUACACCUAUUGUCCCUAAAUGCUAUUGAGGUCUCUGCAGGUGAAUUUAGUGGUCCGUCUAAGCUACAGAAAUAUUGAGUGCCAUGCUAUUUAUGUGGCAUUUCUCAUGUUUUCUGUUGCUUUUUUAAUGUUCUGGGUUCCAUUUUUUAUGUACUGCACCCACAGCAAAGCUAAAUAAAUGUAUGUGCCAGUCCUUGGUUAAUA